AUGCGUCCCGCCGUAGUGACACUGUACGGCGUGUUCACCAACCACUACUCUGCGAAUGGCCCAUCUCGCUGUCUGCUGCUGGAGCUGCUGGACAUCAGCGUGUCAGAGCUGCUGCUGCACUCCAGCAACCAGGGCUGCUCCAUGUGGAUGAUCCAGCACUGCGCCCGAGACGUUCUGGAAGCCCUGGCAUUCAUGCACCACAAAGGCUACGUGCACGCAGACCUCAAGCCACGCAACAUCCUGUGGAGCGCAGAGGAGGAGUGCUUUAAGCUCAUUGACUUUGGACUUAGCUUCAAAGAGGGGAAUCAGGAUGUGAAAUAUAUUCAAACAGACGGGUAUCGGGCUCCAGAGGCAGAACUGCAGAACUGCCUGGCACAGGCAGGGCUCCAGAGUGAGACGGAGUGUACCUCUGCUGUGGAUCUGUGGAGUCUGGGAAUUGUUUUACUGGAAAUGUUCUCAGGAAUGAAACUGAAACAUACAGUCCAAUCUCAGGAAUGGAAGACAAACAGUUCUGCCAUCAUUGAUCGCAUAUUUGCCAGUGAAGGGGUGGUAAAUUCAGCCAUUCCAGCUUAUCACCUCAGAGACCUUAUCAAAAGCAUGCUUCAUUGUGACCAAGGAAAGCGAGCCUCCGCUGAGAAGGCUUUAUGCAGCCCGUUCUUCAGCAUUCCCUUUGCUCCCCAUAUUGAAGAUUUGGUGAUGCUCCCCACACCUGUGCUGAGGCUGCUAAAUGUUCUAAGCGAUGCUUCUCUGCAGUGUGAAGAAGAAUACGAAGAUAUCCUGGAAGACAUACGGGAGGAGUGUCAGAAAUACGGACCGGUGGUUUCCUUGCUUAUUCCAAAGGAGAAUCCUGGUAAAGGCCAAGUCUUUGUUGAAUAUGCAAAUGCUGGUGAUUCCAAAGCUGCCCAAAAAAUGCUGACUGGAAAGAUUUUUGAUGGCAAGUUUGUUGUGGCUACGUUUUACCCACUGAGUGCCUAUAAGAGAGGAUAUCUGUACCAAAACUUGCUGUAGGCAGUAGCAACAAUCAGGAGAGUUGUCUUGCUCCUCUUCCUCAUGUGUUUUACAGUUGAAUGUACAAAAGAGCUUCCUA